AUAAUGAACAACUUGCAAGGUCUGGUACAAACUGCUUAGAGAAUCUAGUCAUUUCUAAUGGUACAAAGUUCACAAAGGAGGCAUGGGACAGUACCUGUGUCUGCAUGCUGGACAUCUUUAAAAAGACCAUUCCACACAAUUUGCUCAUAUGGCGGCCAGAUGAUGGACAUGAGAAUUCAGUUGAGGAGAUGAAUGGAGGAUUGGAGGGGAUGAAUUUAGACCAGACACAUGACACUCGUAGUAGAUUAUACAGGGCUGACAGUAACCAUAGUGUCAGUAGUUCUAUAUCAGCAGAUUCCAGGGACCAUAAGAUACCACGUACAAAAGUGUUUACAGACCAGAAGUUGUUUCAGUGCCUACUAAUUAAGUGUGUUGUCCAGCUAGAGUUGAUACAGACCAUAGACAAUAUUGUCUUCUUCCCUACAACAAGCAGGAAGGAAGAUGCUGAAAACCUAGCUGCAGCUCAGAGUGAAGUGGAAGUAACGGUAGAUCUGGACCACAGUCAUAACCAUGAGGAUCAGGGAAUGUACCACUUCCUUAGCUCUGAUCAACUCUUCAAACUGGUUGACUGUUUGCUAGAGUCUCACACUUUUGCAAAAGAUUUUAAUUCCAACCAUGAACAGAGGAAUCUUCUCUGGAAAGCUGGUUUCUGUGUCAAUUCUAGUUUCAAAGGGAAAGCAAAGCCGAAUCUUUUAAAACAGGAAACACAGAGUUUAGCAUGUUUGUUUAGGAUAUUGUUCAGAAUGUAUAAUGAUGAGGCACGAAAAGACGCUUGGCCUGACGUGGAAAACAAACUUAUAAGUAUUUGUCACAGUUCAUUGGAGUAUUUUCUCUCGCUACAAUCGGACAGUCACAGAGAUGCCUGGAGUAAUAUAAUUAUUCUACUUAUUACAAGACUCCUAAAGAUGUCUGAUGAUAGGUUCCGAGUACAUGCCUCCCAUUAUUAUGCCCUGAUGUGUGACACGAUGAACUAUGACUUAAAGUACGAGUUGCGAUCUAUUCUCAGAAAGUUUUUCAUUCACGUUGGACUCAAAUCGGGAAUAAUUCAUCCCGACAGAACUUCUUGAUGACUCAUUAUUUUGUGAUAUGAUACUAGGAUAUGAUGUGAUACGAUAAGAGUGAUAUUUGUGACAUGAUGUUUGAAUCUAUUUCGUUAGCGUACAAGGAAUGGAUGCAUAGUGAUUAUUACAUGAUAGUAAUAUUGGCUUACAUUGUCACAAGGUUAAACCGUUGGGGCGGGGAAUGUUACGGAACUGUCACAAGAUAAAACUCUCACGUAAUGUUUUGGAACCAUCAUCACUAGAACUGUUAUUGAAUGUGGUCGACUAAUCAUAACUAUUUUAACUUGUUUUAAAAGUUUGUUGGCUACAGUCUUAUUUAUUUUUUUUGCAAGAAAUAGUUAUCAGAAUGUGAAAGUAAAAUAUUUUGUUUUAUGUCUGGAGAUAUUGUUUGGAAGGAACAUAAAAAGGAAUUAGUAUUAAAUGCAAACUCUUUUCACUAGAAAAUAUGGCUUAAAUAAUUUAAAGAAUUUUUUUCCUUAUAUGUUUUUCUGAGAAAAUUAAAUGUAAGUGUUACUUCAUUAUUAUUUUGUUAUCUUAGUGCAGUAACUUUUUAGCUUCUCUUAAAAUUCAGUAGGAUUUAACCCAUUAAUGCACUAAGGUGACAAUUUGUUGUUUUUUAUAGCUUUUCUAAAAAAAAUCUUUUACUGUAAGAAUUAAGAUUAGGCAUUCUCUUGUUUCGGAUGUGAUAUUGAAAACUAAAUCUUAGUAGGUAAGAUAUGAAAAUAGCCAAAACUUGUCUUUUUAAGGCUGACUACAUGUUUGUUAUAUUAAAGGCCCAUUAUGCCUCAGAAAGGCUUUUAUUUUUUUAUCUCGAAAGCUUUUUUGUGGUAUCCCUGUUAUAAUUUCCAAAUAGUUAAUAAUCGGCCAAUAAUUUCAAGCUCAGCGCAACUUUCUAAAGAUGUUUAUCAUGUCACAUAAUCUAACACCAUUAUCUAGAGGUUUUAAUGUUUUCUGUUUCUUUAGAAGGAAAAAAAUAUUCGCUUCUGAUGCAUAUUGUGCCUUUAAUAGUGAAUAAUGACAGAAUUGUUGUAAGGAAGAACAGUUGAUAUAAAGUUAAAAAAAAAACAUGUAUAUAACUUAUGCAUAGAUAUAUUAAAGGUUAUCUUGUGUUAAUAGCUGCUAAUUUUUGGUGCUUAAAUCUCUUAUAAAACAAUUAAUUAUUUACUUUUGUGUAUUUGUAUCAUUGUUUCAAAAAAUAGAGGUCUUUUUUAAUUUUUUUUUUUCAAUUUAAUACCCAAGAUACAUGAUUGUGUCUACUUGACUAAAUAACACUUUUACUCUUUUCUGUUCAUACUUUUUUAACCUGAUUAAUCUGUAAGCAUUUGUGAGCUGGAGAUUCAUUUAAAUAAAUGUCAUGAAAUAAUUUUUCUAGGGUUUUUUCUUUAAAAAUAUUCUUCCAAAGUGAAUUAUAGGCAAGCUUUUAAAAUUUACGAUAUUCAAAUUUUAGAUUUUUAUGGUAAAAUGGUCAUUUUUGACAUAAACUUUCUUUGUGGUUUUAAAAUACAAAUCAAAUUUGUUAUAAAUUUAUUUGUAUUUCUUUUCUUUUUUGCAAAAUUAAUAUUCUUGAUGUUUAUAAAAAAAAGGAAUCAUAAGUUCACAAUAUCUAAUUUACAUCAGUGUAAUGUAUAAAAACAAACAGUUUUAAUGCACUCACGGUGCUACAUGUAUCUACUUCUGUGUAUUGAUUGUGCUAGAAAUGAAAAAAAAUAAGAAUUGGUAAUGAGUGAAAGUUUUUUUUCUGCAAAGCAGUUGUUAUACCAUGUUUAAUGUUAUUACAUGUUUUAUAUUAAAUGAAAAAGUGUGUUUAUGUCUAUACAUUUGUCCAGAUAUUUUAUGUUCAUGCCUGAAUCAUGAUCACUUGUACAAAAGACAUAUGAGCCGCGUCACGACAAAACCAACAUAGUGCAUUUGCGACCAGCAUGGAUCCAGACCAGCCUGCGCAUUCGCGCAGUCUGAUCAGGAUCCAUGCUACUCGCUUACAAACCCUAUUACAAGUAGAAAUACUGAUAACGAACAGCAUGGAUCCUGAUCAGACUGCGCAGAUGCGCAGGCUGGUCUGGAUCCAUGCUGGUCGCAAACGCACUAUGUUUGUUUUGUCAUGGCGCAGCUCAUAAUAAUUAUUAUGACUUUGACAAAUGUUAUGCAAUUUUACAUUAUACAUACAAUGUAAAUAGAAACAGAUGUAAUGAAUGUAUUAGUGCAGGCUCCACAUUCUCUUAUUGUGCAAUGUUGUAGUGUAGGUUCUCACUUGCAGCAUAUUGUGUUGUCUGUCAUACACUUGACACUUUGAGGGUCAGGAUACCCCCAUCCUAACUUUGCUCGGCCCCUGGCAACUCUAAGUAACCAAAUUAUUAUUUUUAAAAUCGCAUUAUCAUCAAGUUUCUAUUUUAAAAAAAGGUGGUAGGCAGGGACUAAGCCAUAAAUGUAUGUGCUCUAAUGUAACUGUACCUGUUAUCUUUAAUUACAGUGUACCACUGCUUUAAUUUUGACAUAAUCUAGAAAAUUCCAGUUCUGAUUCCUAUCUGUUCUUUGAAAAAAAAAUUUUUUCAAUUUAAAGACUUAAAUUCCAGACAGUUGUGAUAUUUGUGGCAUUGUGUGAUAAAUUUAUGAUUGCAGAAAGUUAUUUAAUAUCAGCUGUUAUUUAAAUGAUUCAACAGUUAUCUUAAAUGGAACUUUACAUACUUUACUAAACUUCUCAUAUGUGGUCUAUUUAUUGAAAUCUUUUUUUAUUAUUUUUUUUUAUUUUGCACCAUACUAUUCAAGACUGUAAAUUUUUUUUUAUUAUGUAUUUAUAACUGGUGCCAAAAUUCAGUUAGAGGGUAUAUUUCAUUUAGGUUAUUUUGCUAUGUUUAUAUUUUUUGUCGCGAUCUAAACAUUCUUGACUGGCAGUUGUUGUCGGUCCCGCCUGGUUACACUUGUAUCAGGUGACAACUGGUUUGACACGAUUCCAACGGUAGACGUAAUCUUGUCAGAAAACUAGCGUGUGAAUCUAGCAAUCAUCAGUUUGUUUGACUGCCUUAUUUGCUAAAUAUUAAUCCUUGCCUAGCUGAAUUUGUGUAAUAGGCAUAUCUUUCUGUAAUUAUAGAAGUAUGCAUUGUGACAAGGCUGUCACUUAAAUGGGAUUCAGUAUGAAAUUGUAGAUUGAUAAUUUGGGGCAUCCAUGGCUGAGUGGUUAAGGUUGUUGACUUCAAACCACUUGCCCCUUACUGCUGUGGGUUCAAAUCCUGCCAGUGUCUUUGUAUUGCAUCAUGUCAAGAAGCUAUCCAGCUAGUUUAUAGAACAUUGGUGGGUAUAUUUGGUUACCCUCUGGUGCCUGAAAUAAUGCAAAGAGGGUACCUGAGGUGUUCCUCCACCAGUAAAGCUGGAAAGUCACUGUAUGAUCAUUACAGAGUCGGUGUGACUUAAAACCUGACCAAACAGAAAAAGAUACGUGAUUAAGUUACAGACAGUUAUAUACUGGCAGGUGAGGCAAGCAUUAUUAUAUUACAGCUGUGUUCAUAGUUUAACUAAAUUUCCCUUCAACCUUGACCCUAUUACAUGAUUUCUGUGCCUGUCAAAGAUAAACUUAUGUAUAUACUUAACUUAAAAGAUAGAAAUUUACAGUAUAAUGAGGGUUUUGAUUUAGUUUAGAUAGCUUCAAUAUUUAUUUUGAUUAUUUUUUUAUUUGCAUAUGAAUUUUCUUUAUUUUCAUUCCUCAUAUACCGGUAUUCUGUUAUGUUAUAAUAGCCCCAUAAAGUAGAAACAAGUUACGAGAUCUUAUUAACUUUUUUUUUUAUCAGUCAUUGUUAUUUUCAUAUCAAUUUUCAUUUUGUUAAGAUUUUCACGAGAACUUAUCGGGCUCUUUUCCCAUAUAUUGCCAACUCACAGCAAAAUUAUUGUUUACCACAUGUCACUGUUAAAUGUAGUAUACUAAACAUAGAGUCUAACUGCCAAAUUGUCCAAAAGUAUACAAGUAAUUAAGAUUUGGGUAAAAAAUGGUUUAUAAUUUAUUUUAUAAUUUAUUACAAAUGUACAUGCAAAUGUACAUGUAUAAUGAAGUACAGUCAGUACAGUAAAUGUUUCUUUUUUAUGUUAAUGUACAUGUACAUGAUUGUUGUUACAGUUUAUAUAUUGGGAUUGUUAUACAAUUCAAUGUUGAUAUUUAUAUUAUUAUAAUAUUAUAUAUUUUUAAAACACUGGUACCCUGAACUGGUUACCGGCAAAUUUAUGGUAGUGAUAUAUACAUGUGUAAACAAUAUGUCUGAGUAAAUGUUGUAUUGAUUUAACGAAACUAUGGUAACAAGGCACCCCUGCAAAACGUUUAGAAAGUAUAAAAGAAUCAAUUUUAAAAAUGUACUUUUUUUUCUCUCUACCCCAACAAUGUGCCUGAUCACUGUGUCUUUGAUGAAAGAAACAUUAUUGACAGCUUUAUCAUCACCUUAUUGCAGUAACAAGUUAACUCCAUUUGAAUUAUAUAAGGAGUUAACACGUUACUGCACUAAGGUGACGAAUUAUAAUAAUUGCUUCCUGAUAUUUAACCGACUUUUCCUGUUUUUUUAAAUGGAAUUGACCAGCACUAAUUCUUGGUGUUUUAACUGCAUAGAUCCCUGAUCUGUUCAAAUCUAAUUAUCUGAUUAGUGGUCACCACAACAUAUUUCUUAACAAAAGAGUACAUGUCAAUGUUUGUGGUUAAAUAUAUGGUUAUACAAAUAACAGGUCAUCAAUAUCCAGCAAAAUUGACAGUGAAGGAAUUAUACAGACUUCAGUAACAUAAAUGGAAUGGGAAAUUGUCAUUAUGGAACAGAUAUGAAUUACAUUGUUGGUUAAUUGAAUGGUGGAAAUAGCAAGUGGUCAAUUGAUAUAUGGGUCCAUUAGAUUAUGUAUGUUUAGUUGAUAUAUAUAUAUAAGUGUGACAGAUAAUACAUUGUAAAAAUUCACAAAGAUUCAUAAUAAACUUAUUAAACUAUUA